CAUUGAUGAGUUUCAGUCAUGGCUUCCUUCCCAGUGAUGUUGUUUCUCACAACUCUGUUGCUGUCAUCUAGUCUCACUAAGGGAGAGACACAGAAAGAAUCCACCACAUCUGCUGAUCAUAAGGCAAACGUCAAGGCUGUUUUGGACAAGAUUGACUGCCAAGGUGAAGAAAAUAUCGUAGAAGCCUUGGAAAAGAUGCUCUGUGCCUCCCAUCAAGAUGAUACAUCAUUUGGAGACCUGGCCAAUGAUGAUCAAAACAUGUUAGACCUGUCUACAGUCUUGACUUCCUUGAGAAAAUGUUGUGCUCACAAGCAACAAGUGGAGCCAGUAAACGUCAGUAGCAUGGCCCAUAGGCCUGAAGGGCCCAGAGUUGGGCACCAACAAGAAGAUUCCACACAGAAAUACAUCAACAUGCUGGACAAAUUCUUGGACUUAGUGAGAAAUGUGUUGGUUUCCCAUUGAGUUUAACUAGGAGCCUCCUGGUGUCCUACCUGUGCCUCUUAUUAGGCUCUCUUUCAAGGCCUGUAUCAUAUUUAGUGAAUCACCAAAACACAAGGAUAGUAGAGACUCUAAAUAAAUACAAUAAAAUUAGUAAAUCAAUCUCUCUUCCUUCCAGUAAGAUGCUAAAAAUGGCCAGAGGCAGCAAAGAACGUGUUCUGAACCAGCUGUGGAAG